CUAAAAUGAAAGUCAUAGACGACCGGUUCAUUAUCAGACAUUACGCUUACAGCACUCAAACCACAGCCAAUCAUUUCAACCGGGAGAUAGUCUAUACGAUGGUGACCUUCAAGUCCAAGUUUCUUUUACAAAGACUAAUCCGGAGUACGUCUUUGCUGACAUGGAAGCGCCAGCAACAGAACAUCAUUUCCGUGCGCGUCAGUCUCUCUCACAGAAACCUAGCCGUGUCUGCGUGUAGACUUUCCGAUGAUUCCAAAUCUACGCCUGAAACCCAGCAAUUUGAUGAGAAAAUGCUCCAGUAUUUAGCUUGUCCUUUAUCAAAGAAACCAUUACGAUAUGACAAAGACGCCAACGAGCUGGUUUGUGACGAGAUGGGCGUGGCGUAUCCGAUUAUUAACGGGAUUCCCAACCUUAUACCGCAAGACGCCAGAAAGAUCAAAGACGACACCAAGCCAAACAAGACAUGACCCACGAACAAUCUAUUAUUGUGUCAUAUAUACAUAGGAUUUUUAAAAAAAGAAGACAGUAUUGACAUUGAUGCGACGUGGAAAGCGGACAAAGAAAGAAUUUUUCACUAGCCCUUUAUUGCAAAACACUUUUUUUAAACAUUAUUUUGUAAUAUGCAGGCGUAAGUUACUUGGUACAGUUACAAUAUAUACAUGAUGCAAUCGUGAUAUAAGACGAUUAUUCGAUAAGCGUGCAUACUGCGCCAUAGGCGUCGAAAGAUAACAGUAACUGGGGGCAUAAGCGUACGAGACUGGGGGGGGGGGGGGGGGGGGGUCCUCAAUUUCAGGACAAAAUAUGCUAACCGUAGACCUUUUUACCAUGUAUUUGUAAUCCAUAUGAAAAUGCGUUAUGAUUCGUUUGCAAUCGUAUAUAGCUGUUUGGAAGUAAUUGAAUGCUAAUAUUAAUAAAUGUUGUUGUCCAGA